UGUUGCCACCCACAGAAGAGGUCCAGGAAGAAGGUAUGUGGAAAAGGACACCUCGGCUCUGCUCUUUGCAGGGCUCAGUGUAGAAGAAAACAACAGGCGAGAGAACGAUGCUGGGACAAGGGAUGCCUCACCUGAAAACACUUACUUCCCCUGAGCCUCUACAUUUCCACAUGAGGAUCAACUGGUUUAGGAAGGCAUCUGAGGAAGUUUUGGGGUCCCACCAUGGGUCCCCCAUAAGUUGUGUAUCCAUCGACAUCUCCACUGGUUUUGGGGAGGGAAUAGCAUGGGAAAUGUGGGCACCAUCCCCUCCUUCAGGCCGCAGUAGGCUCUGAGGCUGGUUUUCAGCCCUGGGUGUUGGUAACACCAGCCAAAGAGCAGCUGAGGCCUAUCUCUGAAGGUCUAUAUCCCAUAUCAACUGGUUUCUCCUGCAUAGCUUGGCAGAUAACGAUCAGAUGGAUUUUAAAGUCAAAAUCUAUCUGUGGCAAGGUAUGCGUGUAGCCACAUGUUACACAGUACAUAUUGUAUAAUAUGUAAUAUUAUAUAUAGUAUGACAUAUAUAUUAUGAGUUAUAGACUAUAAUAUAUAGUAUUAUAUAUAAUAUAAAUAAUAACACCUGCAUUCUGUGGUGUUAUUAGUUACAUCUGUGAGGAUACUGGCAAAUAACUCAGCUGGCUCUCUGCAGGGUGUGUGGUGUCUGCAGGACCAGGAAAGGGGCUGGAACAGAAACUCACCCUUUGUACUUCAUUUGUCUGGGGCUUGGUGCUCCGAUGAGGAGCCAAAGGGUGGGUUGGUUCCCUUUGCAUUUGCAAAGCUUUGUUCUAUGGGCAUGUAUGAAAAACUCAUAAACCUGUUUAUAACAGGGGCAGAUUAGCUCUGAGCAGCUGACAGGGUUUUUGCAGAGCACAGGUCAUGAAGGAUUUACAUUUCUUGUAUCCAGGCACACUCUGGUCACCUGUCUCCAUUUUUUUUUCCCCUCUCUAUUUCACAUCCCUGUAUGUUUUAUACAUCCCCUAUUGCUUUCACAUACUCUUUAGUCUAUCUGCUCUUAUUUUCCAUCUCAUUGUUCUGGCUCUCAGCCUAUCCCAGCUGCUGGGGCUCAUGAAGAAAGUAUGUGCCUUGGCCUUCCUCAUCCCUUCCCAUCAUCACCUUAGCACUGAGAGGAAUUGAAGUGUGGGAAAAGGGGAGCAGGACACAGUCACUGUGUUGCCUAUGGUUCCUACCUUUCCUCCAAAACCUCCCCUGCUGUAGUCUGAUCCUCUCACUUGCUGCAGCUAAUUUCUCAUUCCUUCUCCUCCUUGCCCUUAGCAAAUCCCUUAUCGGGAUUAAACUCUACCCUCUGGCCCAAGAGAUUAUUCAGUCUGUGCAUGAAUGUGCCUCCCUCAGUGCUUCUUUGCAUUCUGUUCUCUGGUACUUCCCACCUAAAGGGAAGUACUCACCUACUUCCCACCUUCCAUAGGGAAGGUAAUGCAUAUUUAAAACAAACAAGAUCUGAUGUGGCCAGUUAAAUCAGGUUUAUUCUUUAUCCCCCACCCCCCUGUUCUGUGCAAGUACAACGUUGUCUUGUGGUUCCUAACGUUCUUGUCUUCCUUUGCAUCCUGCUCUGUGACUCUUCCACUCACUAAAGGUCAUCAUGAGGAAGGUCAUCAUGAGGAAGCACAUCAUGAUGAAGCGCAUCAUGAGGAAGGUCAUCAUGACGAAGAAGUCCAUCAAGAAGCCCCUGCUCCAGAAGAAGCCCCUGAAGAAGAGGAGAAGCCCAAAAUAAAGCUAACUGCUCCUAAAAUACCGGAGGGUGAGAAAGUAGAUUUUGAUGACAUCCAAAAGAAGAGGCAGAACAAAGACCUGAUUGAACUGCAGGCUUUGAUUGACAGCCACUUCGAGGCCAGGCGUAAGGAAGAAGAAGAGCUGGUUGCCCUUAAGGAGAGGAUUGAGAAGCGCAGAGCUGAGAGAGCAGAGCAACAGAGAAUUCGGGCUGAGAAGGAGAAGGAGCGUCAAGCACGGCUUGCGGAGGAAAAGGCACGGAGAGAGGAAGAAGAUGCCAAGAGAAAAGCUGAGGAUGAUCUUAAGAAGAAGAAGGCUUUGUCCUCUAUGGGUGCCUCAUACAGCAGCUAUCUGGCAAAGGCUGAUCAGAAGAGAGGGAAGAAGCAAACAGCUAGAGAGACAAAGAAGAAGAUCCUGGCAGAGAGGCGCAAGCCCUUGAACAUUGACCAUCUUAAUGAAGACAAGCUGAGGGACAAGGCGAAGGAACUGUGGGACUGGUUAUACCAGCUGCAGACUGAAAAGUAUGACUUUACUGAGCAAAUAAAGAGGAAAAAAUAUGAGAUUGUCACUCUCAGGAACCGGAUUGAUCAGGCUCAGAAACACAGCAAGAAGGCAGGAGCCAAAGGCAAGGUUGGUGGGCGCUGGAAAUAAAGAACCAGGCAGAAUGGCCCUUAGUGAUGUGCCGAAACCCUGCUGGUCUCUUCCUUCUUCAUUCACAAACCACUUGUGUUCCCGUGCCUCAGCCAUAACUAAAAUUGCAACAUCAGCCUGGGUUGGCUAUUGCUGCUGCUUUUCUUCUUCCUGGAAGGGUCUGGUGGCUUCCUCAGUCAACAGGAAGCAGGUUCCCUUUGGAACUGGGGAGACUCCUUGCUGGCAUCUUCAAUUCCUGCUGAGCAUGUCCUUUAUCCUCCUGACACCAGCCCUACGCUGUCCUGUAGAUUGCUGUGUACAAAUCUCUGGAUUCUGUAAAUAAAGCGCAACCAGUACCUACUUCAACAACA